AUGUACCUACAGUCCACUGAAACUAACCUCGAAAUGCAUCUUACCGAUUAAGAAAGUCAUACAGAUCUGCGACAACGUGAGGCAGACCUUGCAGAUCUUUGAAGAGAGUGCAGCACCUAUUCUGAGUAUGGACUUGGCAAGUGAGGCCCAUGUUCUGGUGGUUUUACUCACCUGCCUGUUCUUGAUGUGCCGGGCUCAAGAGAAGGACUACACCGUAAAAGAGGAGCAGCCGGAGAAUGUGCGCAUCGGAAACCUGCACAAAGACCUAAACUUGAACCUAGAUCCAGACAUUAAACUGUCUUCUGCGCUGCAGUUUAAACCUGUCUACAAGACGGGUGAUGUGCCUUUGGUCAAGGUAGAAGCAAGCACGGGAGAGAUUUUCACCACAGCCAACCGCAUCGACCGUGAGAAACUCUGUUCCGGAGUCUUCACCGAGAAGCGCUGCUUUUACGAGAUCGAGGUCGCCGUGCUACCUGACGAGAUUUUCCGACUGGUCAAGAUCCGCUUCCUCAUCGAAGACAUCAAUGACAACGCCCCGCUCUUUCAGUCGACGGUUAUCAACAUCUCCAUUCCAGAAAACACAGCCAUCAACAGCCGCUACCCUGUCCCUUCCGCAUUUGACCCUGAUACAGGGAUCAAUGGGAUUCAACACUACGAGCUUGUCAAGAGUGUGAGCGAAUUUGGCCUGGACAUCAUCGAGACGCCUGAAGGAGACAAAUGGCCCCAACUCAUAGUCCAGCACAGCCUCGAUCGGGAGACGAAGGACACCUUUGUGAUGAAAAUUAAAGUAGAGGAUGGUGGCACCCCUCCAAAGUCCAGCACAGCCAUUCUGCAGGUCACCGUCUCAGAUGUGAAUGACAAUCGGCCGGUGUUCAAGGACAGCGAGGUGGAGGUAAACGUUCCUGAGAAUGCCCCAAUGGGAACAUCUGUCACACACCUUCAUGCCACAGAUGCUGAUCUGGGAUCCAAUGCUCAGAUUCACUUCUCCUUCAGCAACCAAAUUUCCCCUGCCACCAAACGACAUUUUGCUAUUGACAGCACAACUGGACUGAUUACCGUCAAGCAGCCAUUGGACAGGGAAGUCAACCCGGUGCACAAGCUUAUAGUGCUGGCCAGUGACGGAAGCUCUAUCCCUUCAAGGGCUACAGUGACAGUCAAUGUUACAGACAUUAAUGACAACGUCCCCUCCAUUGAUACCCGUUAUAUAAUGAAUCUCGUUAAUGGCACUGUGCUGUUGUCUGAAAAUGCCCCCCUUAACACAAAAAUAGCCCUAAUUACUGUGACUGACAAAGAUGCGGAUCUGAACGGUAAAGUUACUUGUUACACUGAUCAUGAUGUACCUUUCCGACUGAAGCCGGUCUUCAAUGACCAGUUUUUGCUCGAAACCGCCGCACCCUUAGAUUACGAGACCACUCGAGAGUAUGCAAUUAGGAUAGUUGGAUCUGACUCUGGGAAACCACCUCUGAACACUUCGGCAAUGGUCCUGAUUAAAAUAAAGGAUGAGAAUGACAACGUCCCAGUUUUCCCUCAGCCUGAAAUCCAGCUGUCCAUUCCAGAAAACAAUGACCCGGGCACACAGUUGAUAAAAAUCAGUGCAACAGAUGCAGAUAGUGGUUCUAAUGCCUUUAUUAUUUAUAGUCUUGGCCAAGAUGCUCCUGAUGGGUUUAACAUAGAUCCCCGUUCUGGAAUCCUUUCCGUUGUCAAAAGGCUGGAUAGAGAGAAGCAGGAGAAGUAUUCAUUCACAGUCAUUGCCAGGGAUAAUGGUUCUACCCCUCUCCAAAGCAACAUCACCGUCAAGCUAAUAGUCCAAGACCAAAAUGACAACAGUCCAGCCUUUACCCAUCCUGAGUACAACUUCUAUGUGCCUGAGAACCUGCCUUUGUAUGGGACGGUGGGUUUGAUUACUGUCACGGAUGCAGAUGCUGGUGACAAUGCAGUCGUCACUCUCUCGAUCAUAAAUGGGAAGGACAAUUUCAUCAUCGACCCCAAAACCGGGGUAAUCAAACCAAACAUUACCUUUGACAGGGAGCAACAAAGUUCCUACACGUUUGUUGUCAAGGCUGUGGACGCAGGUCAAAUGCAAACCACCUCCUAUGCCAAGGUCACCAUAAAUGUUGUUGAUGUGAAUGACAAUCGACCGGUGUUUGUCAUCCCCUCCUCAAACUACUCCUAUGAUCUAGUACCUUCAACCACCAGCCCUGGUUCAGUGGUGACCAGAGUAUUUGCCAUUGACAAUGACACUGGGAUGAACGCUGAGCUGCAGUAUAGUAUUAUUGGAGGGUCACUGAGAGGACUGUUUGCCAUUGACAAAACGACAGGCAACAUUACUCUGCAGGAGAAGAUUGUAGCAGCAGACCAAGGACUUCAUAGGCUAGUUGUAAAGGUCAAGGACUUGGGACAGCCUGAGUCCUUACACGCAAUCGCCCUUGUUCAUUUGUUUGUGAAUGAUACCGUCUCCAAUGCCACAUUCAUCCAGGAACAACUUCGCAAGAGUUUGGAGACUCCUUUGGAACGGAACAUUGGGGACAACGAGGUGACACCCCAGACCAAUGGCUACGUAAUUGUUGUUAUUGCCAUAAUAGCUGGGACUAUGACGGUUAUCCUGGUGAUCUUUGUGACUGCUUUGGUACGCUGCCGACAGACACCGAGACACAAAGUUGUCCAGAAGAGCAAGCAGAGCGGCGAGUGGGUAUCACCCAACCAGGAGGGUCGGCAGAUUAAAAAGAAAAAGAAGAAGAAGAAGAGAUCCCCAAAAAGUUUGCUGCUGAAUUUCGUAACCAUUGAGGAACCCAAGAACGAUGACCCUACUCAUGAGCACAUCAAUGGCACCUUAGACCUCCCUGUUGAACUUGAGGAGCAGACAAUGGGAAAGUACAACUGGGCUACCACACCGACUACCUUCAAACCCAACAGUCCUGACUUAGCCAAGCACUACAAAUCCGCUUCCCCUCAGCCAACAUUCCAGAUCAAACCAGAGACCCCUGUGGCUCCCAAGAAGCAUCAUGUCAUUCAGGAACUCCCACUGGACAACACAUUCGUGGUGGGCUGUGACUCACUCUCCAAAUGUUCCUCCAGCAGCUCCGACCCCUACAGCGUUUCAGAGUGCAGCUGUCAAGGAGGCUUCAAGGCACCUGGACAAAUCCACACCAGACAGAACCAGAGCCAGACUCCAGAUAAAGCAUUCCCUGUUGUCCCAGCCACGUGCCCCCACAAGCAGACGCAACGCCGCGUGACCUUUCACCUCCCAGACGGCUCUCAGGAGAGCUGCAGUGACAGCGGGCUUGGAGAGCAGGAGCCCAAUAGCGGUGCCAGCACCACCCAGCCUCUGCCCUUGGGCUUCCCUCAGGAAGAGUACUAUGAACAGACCUCACCGAACAGCCGCACUGAGGGAGACGGCAACUCUGACCCCGAGUCCAACUGCAAAGCCUUGACGUAGAAAGCAGGUGGUGGAGGAGAAUACUAA